AGUGUCUUACCACUACACCACGGAGACUGUCGAAAUGUUGUGAUGUUGAAAGAUGUGACACUCACAGUGAUACAUCAAUUUUCAUAAUUUGGCAGAUUGAAAGUUAUCAAUGCUUCUGAUGAGGAUGAUGAUGAUGACGAGGAUGAUGAGAAAAAUUAACAUAUGAGUGGAAAUGGACUCAGGAUGGCAAAGAUGAGGAGUUGUGCUAAUGGUGGUAUAAAAGUUUACCCACUCGAUACAGUUCGUGGAAUCAUCUAAUAAUCUAGAGCAGCUCAAGGUUGACUAUGGCUUCACGGAUGCAUGCAUCACCUACCUUAACUCCAGGCGAGUAUUGACUGCUAACCUGUCGUCAUGGAGAUGCUGGUUGACCACAGCCAGUUUUUGAUGCCAGGGUUGGUGGACACCCACAUCCAUGCACCUCAAUUUGUUAACAAUGGGGUGAAGCUGGACCUACCACUUCUGGACUGGCUCAAGAUGUACACCUUCCCCACGGAAGCCAUGUUCUCUGAUGUCAAGGUCGCUCAUGACUUUUAUCCCAGAGUUGUGGAGCGGCUGCUAAGGAACGGGACCACCACCGCCUCGUACUAUGCUACCCUGCACCUCGAGGCCUCCAAGGUCCUGGCUCAGGUGGUGAAGGCCAGGGGUCAGCGGGCCCUCAUUGGUAAAGUCAACAUGACGGUCAACGCUCCCGAGUACUACUGCGAGUCCAGUCUUCAGCAAUCGCUUUCUGAUACCGAGGAUUUUAUUUGCUACAUUAAACAAAUGCAGACACCAUUGAUUCAGCCCAUCAUAACCCCAAGAUUUGCUAUUACCUGCCCCUUAGAUCACUUGAAGGAACUGGGUAAACUGGCUAGCAAAUAUAACUGUCACAUACAGAGUCAUCUGUGUGAGUCACACCCGGAAAUUGCUUUUGUUCGAGAGCUCUUUCCUGAGUCAAAGUCUUACACUGAUGUUUAUGACACCUCAGGACUUCUUGGUGCAAAGACCAUCAUGGCACACUGUAUCUGGAUGGAAGAACAUGAAAUGGACCGGCUGAAAGAAUGUGAUGUUGGAGUCUCUCACUGCCCCAAUUCUAAUACAUCCUUACUCUCCGGGCACUGUAAUGUCAGACAGCUUCUUCACCGAGGAAUUAAGGUUGGACUUGGGACAGAUUGUUCUGGUGGAUAUAGCUCAUCUGUGUUGGAUGCCCUUCGACGGGCACUGGAUGUGUCCAAGAGCUUGGCUAUACAAAAACCUGACUACCGCUUCCUCACCCUACCAGAGGUCUUCCGUUUAGCAACACUAGGAGGUGCUCAAGUAGUAAACAUGGACGAUUACAUUGGUAACUUUGAAGUUGGGAAAGAGUUUGAUUCCCUUGUGAUUGACCUGGAAUUUCCCAGAUCACCUUUGGACAUCUUUCCCAAGGACACACUAGAAGAUAAGAUCCAUAAAUUCUUAUACAAUGGUGAUGACCGCAACAUUGUGCAGGUGUAUGUGGCUGGCAGGUGUGUCAUCAACAACCUCACCUGUGUAUGAAGUAUCCUCGAUAUCAACAUGUGAGCUGGCCAUUGAUGGUCUGUAUUGUUGAUGUUAGAACCCCUCAAGCUUUGCACACAUGGCCCAUGCAGGUCAACACCACAACACUUGCCUCUGCACACAAAGAUGUCUGUGCAAGCCCAAGUGGUUGGACUCUCAGAAAAGACAUCCCUUAUUAGAACAACAAGGUGCAAACCAUACCCUUUAUAGUUGAAAUUUAUUUAUUUAUUUUUAAGAUGUUACAUUGGGUUGUGAGAGUACAUAACAUUGGUGUUCCUACAUUCUUGCAAAGCCACUAACACGCAUAGUGUUUCGGGCAGGUCCUUAGUCACAACAGAUAAGUUUGUUAAGAGGUACAUUGUAGCAAAAUUUGAGUUUAACAUAAUAGCUACGAUAUAAAUUGAUUGAAAUAAUUACACUGGUGAAGUUGCAUGUCUUAAGUACUAUUACUGGGGAAGUGGGUAUCGCAAAAUACAGUUCGAGUUUGAAAUACAUUUAGAAACAAUGUUGACCAAACCACACACUAGAAAUUGAAAAGACGACUACGUUUCAAUCCGUCCUGGACCAUUAUAAAGUUGAUUGUGACUUGAAAAUAAUGCCACCAUAUUAAGUUGACAAUGGACUUGAUAAUGGUCCAGGAUGGACCAAAACGUCGUCAUCUCUUCAAUUUCUAGUGUGUGGUUUGGUCAACAUUUUUCAACCACAUUAUUGUGACUUCAUCUGCUUUAGAAACAAUGUUUUGUACUAAAGUAACACAAAUAGAUAUUAAUCCAUUGCAUGACUGUUUGCAACUAUAGAUCCUAGCAAAUGUAAAUGGCUUAGCUUAUUAACCUUUGGGUUCAGGUCCUGAACCCGUUGAGAGUACAAUUUGUAAAAACUCGGUUUUUGCCGCCGAAGGAGGCCAAUUUAUUCUGCACCCCAUACUCAACUUGUGAGUAGUGGCACAAAAAAAAUAGAUUACAUGGGCGUAAAAGGUGUUAAUCAGACCUCGGUGAAUAUUUUUACAUUAUCAAUUACAACUAACAGACUCCUUGCACUGCAACUUCUGUAGUAUUUACAUUAUAAUAGUUAACAUUGGAGGUAGGAAUUUUUUUAAUACCUAAAAUGAUUGUCAAUAUUAUUUUAUAUUGCAGGGUAAUAGAAAAGUUAUGGUUAAUAGUGUUGAGUCUACACAGUUAAUACAUUCAUCAGCUAAAAGAGAAAUGUUGAUAGAUCAUACUUCUUGUUGUUCAGGAACUUCCUGGGAUAAAACACGAACACUCCUUGAGGAACUGUGAGGUGCUUAUCUGCUUUUCUUUGUAAAAAUUCUGAAGUUUCAACAAAUGUUCCUGUUUCUAUUUAUUGUCCUUGCGGCGACUCGACCUAAGCUUUUAUUCUGCAACCAGUUGGUAUUGCAAGGUUACCAGGGACGCCUCACGGUACAGUAGUGGAAUUAAAAUAUAUAAAGCCAAGUUGUCCCUGACUGCCCUUGAUUCAGACAUUGAUGCCAUCCUUCUGCAUCAUUGUUGGUUCUUACCAGUUGUCUGAAUGCACACCAGUUUCCCUCUGCCCACACACACACUAUUGCACAGUCACGUAGUCUAUAUAUAAUCAGUGAUAUUGUGUCGUUAAGGGUGAACUGCGAGCCAACUUUUAAUUCGGCAAAUGCUUUUACGUAUGUGGUGUUUUGGUAGGAAUGGUAAGGCUAAUAGAUUUUUUACUAGGCUGUACACUGGGCCAUAUUUAAAGUACGCAGUUGGCAGCAAUAAUUCUUGAACCUUUUGCCAAACUAGUGUCCAAUGCAAUGUGCAGCCGUGAAUGUGUACAAAUGGUAGCAGCUCUCGUACUACACCCCACAAAGCAACCUCAAAAUUUAUCACAAUCUCUUCUACAUGAAGCUUGUCUGUGAGCUUUAUGGUCUUUAGGAAAUCAUCACCUGAAAUGUACAAAUAGGAUGGAUAAAUUAAGCCACACUGUACUAUACUUGCAAAACAUCUCCAGGUAGCAAAAUUGAGAUACUUACUUAAUAAUGCCACCAUAUUUAAUGCCUCAUUAAUAUUCCCCUCGUUAUGCAUAAUCAUCCUGUUGUACUCUUCAGUCAUCUCACCCUUAUUCCCAGAUGUCGAUAUUAGAGAAACUUACAACUAUCGCCAGGGAAGACUCCGACACCUCAUAGAGCAUCCAGUAAGGAGAAGACCCAAACUCAAAAGAUGCUGGAUCCAUCAUAGAGGUAAACACCAGGUCUCGCAGGAGGUACUUAAAGAGAUCCUCUCAAGCCACUGACGGAGGGACUUGAGAAGACGGAAACCUACAGAAACCUCUGGAAGGAUGGUCCCGACAGGACUAACAGCACAUAAAAGUGAACCCUGGUGGGAUCUGCACUUAAAUAAAACUCAUUCAGUUAGAAGGGUACAAGAACCCCUACCCCUUGUAACAAGAAGCCCUCAUCAGAAGGGACAAAGAACUACUUGAAAUCCAAGGGAACCCAAGUGCUCGGCUUCCCCCAAGCCCCAGAAGCCAAAGGUGAAGGCAAAGACUCCGUGGCAGAGCAGGUGUCCUUGCCCACUGCCCGAGGUAGAAAAGUGGAGGCAAGGGGCUUCAGGAGGGGAUAGCUGGAAAGAAGCCCAAUGGGAGAAAACCCAGAGUGGCUGCUGGGCAGUCGUGGUGUAGAUGUAGCUAGCUGCUUCUGUGCUGUCGAGUAGGGCUGUUUGCUGGCUGUUUACCUCUGCACCCUGCAAGUAGUUGUUUGAUGGGUCAGGGGUAAGUGUUGAAGUAUGUCUUGGAAGUUUUUUCUUACCAAGUUUGGGCUGUAUAUCGCAUCAUUUAUUGCUAGGAAAUGAGGUAUUUGGGUGCUUUGGUGGGGGUGAUGGGGCCUAAGGCUGCUGUCCAUGUUGUUGGCUCUUCCACAGACGCUGCAGGUUAUGCCAGUUUUGCAGCCAAUGACGAGCGUCUCUCAAUUGUGGGUUGGACCUCAGUUGGGAUGGAUGUUGGCACUAAUUAAAUGUAAGCAUCCACAGAAAGGUAAGUGAUGCUGCAUGUCUCAAAUGGGUUAUAAAACUUUUAAAAACAAUAAUGAACUCUUGGCUGCCAAAUCAGUGUUGAAGAGGUGUGUUUAUGUCUGGCAAGCUGGGAGAUUCAGUGAUCUUGGUGAGAAAUGUGACUUGUCCAAGAGGAUGAAUGAAGAACAACACAUUGAUGGACAUUUAUGAAGCUGUUCAUUACCUGAACACCAUAAAUAAACUUGACAGACUUGUAAUGUAUUUGGACAAGUUAUAAUAGCAUGUUGCUUAUGAGUGACCAAUUUAAUGCUCUGGAAAAGGCUGGUUGUGACUGAUAUGACUUAAUGUUGUGCUGACUAAAUUCGUGAUGCUUCAAGAUAAUGUGAAUCCCUUGCAAGCUGUUUCCUUGCAUCUCACUCUCAGCACCUCCCAAGAACACACCUAAACUGGGAGAAGGCCACUAUUGCUGACCUGGAUAAGUUUAAUGGAAAAGUAAAAAAUAUGCAAAUUGCAACCAGUUCAAUUGCCUGUACUAUUUAGUGUAGUUUGCAUCAGAAGUCUUGAUGACAUAUUUACAUCAGUGCUAGUUAGGGUAGGGAUGAUAGCAUCCUUAAAACAAAUAGAAGAAAAGGUAUAUUUGGUUAGAAUAAUCUUGUUAAGGAAUUUCAAAAUAGAUUUGCAUUUUGGCAUAGCCUAUGGAAACAUGAAGGGUUCCCCCCAGAGAUGGGUGGCUACCCCAGAUCAGAUGUAGCACUAGGGCUUGAUGUCAUCAAACCAUAAAGAGGAUCAAGAAAGAGAGAGAUAAUAUUGUGAGAUUAAAGGUUGCUGAUAACCUUUUACCUCACAAUGAGGAAUUCAAUGAGCUUGUGCUUGUUUUGAGAGAUUCAGAUGAUUGUUUACAUUGUUGAGGUUACAAUGGGGUAGCUUCAUUUGGCAGUGUUGAGACUUUGGUCUCUGAAUUUGGCAGUCGUCUGUAUUGGUUCAGACUUUCUGGGUGCUUUCUUGGUGAGGUGGCAGAGUUCUCUGCAUCUGUGUGAGGGGCCCCAGGAUCUGGCUCUUGUCUCUGGCAGGCCAUACACAAUGCCAUGGGUGAUGUGAGGUAGUAGUCGAGUCAUUUCAACUUUAGGGAGCCACAAGGAGGGAGCUUCAGAAACAGUAAUACUGUACUGGUAUCACUCUACAAAUGUUUCCAUAUUACAAAUCACUUCACUUUGUAAAAAAUCACUUUGUAACAUGUUCCCAUGUUACAAGUCACUCUACAAAUGUUCCAAUAAAUGUAUUGAAAUUAA